UGUUCCGGGAGAAGGUCACGGAGCAGCACCGGCAGAUGGGCAAGGGUGGCAAACAUCACCUCGGCCUGGAGGAGCCCAAGAAGCUGCGGCCGCCACCUGCCAGGACCCCCUGCCAGCAGGAACUGGACCAGGUCCUGGAGCGGAUCUCCACCAUGCGCCUUCCCGACGAGCGGGGGCCCCUGGAGCACCUCUACUCCUUGCACAUCCCCAACUGUGACAAGCAUGGCCUGUACAACCUCAAACAGUGCAAGAUGUCUCUGAACGGGCAGCGUGGGGAGUGCUGGUGUGUGAACCCCAACACCGGGAAGCUGAUCCAGGGGGCCCCAACCAUCCGGGGGGACCCCGAGUGUCAUCUCUUCUACAACGAGCAGCAGGGGGCUCGCGGGGUACACACCCAGCGGAUGCAGUAAACCUACAGCCAGCCGGUGCCUGGCACCGCCCUCCACCCCUCCAAAGCUGGCAGAGCAAGGAGAGCGCUUGCGUGGUGGGUGGAGGGAGGAUUUUCCAGGAGUUCUGACACGUGUAUUUAUAUUUGGAAAGAGACCAGCACCGAGCUCAGCACCCCCACCCGCCCCCCCUCCCCCCCCUCCCCACCUUCCCCCUCCCCGGCUGGAGAUGCCUGCACCCUCCCUCCUCGAGUCCCUGCUGGGCAGGAAGCGGGUGGUUGCAGUGCGGAGCUGGGGUAAAGGUUUGGGAGAGGGAAAAAAGAAAUUUUUAUUUUUGAACCCCUGUGUCUCUUUUGCUUAAGAUUAAAGGAAGGAAAAAUAAA